AUGAAGAAGCUCAAGCAGGAAGUUGUUGACACCCCUCCUAAUGAUGAAACCAAAAUCAUGGAGAAUGGAACAGAAGGAGGUUCAUGCUUAUCACCUAUGAUUGAUGUAACUUCAUGUGAUUCUCCACCCCGCGAAGAUGAUAGUGAGGAGAACCCGUCAAGUCAAGCAGCGAAUGGUGUCCCUUCGCUCCAUGUGGAGCCGAGAAUUUUGGAUAAGUUCUACUUGGUUCAAGGAAGAAUGUUGUUGAAAUUGUUUCGAUUCUGUCCUAACUGUGGUAAUAAUUUAUCAACAAGCGAUCAAAGUACAGUUAGCUUUACUGCCAUUGGAACAGCGCCCAUUGUACAGUUUAUAUGUAGCAAUUGUUCUUCCUCUACAGCUAUGACACAGCGAUGGGAUGGUCAUCCUGUUAGAGACCCAUCAUAGCC